GGAUAAAAGGUAAAAUACAGUUAAGAAGACAGACAUUGAAAUGUUGGUUUUUAACAGUUGUCAAACUUGCAUGUUGUGACGCAGGCACGAAUUGUAUGAUAUGACGUCUGUUACGAGAUACAUCGUUGUAAAAUAUAAUUUAAUCGCAUCGUGCAAAUUGUUGUGAUCAAUUUCAUAGAUAAAUCGCAAAAAUGUGUUGGUAUGUUGGUGAUAUCAGUUGAAUAUGUAAAAAUUGUAUUAUAAAUUAAAAUCUGCUUAAGGUUAUAUCACGAUACAGAGGGGUUAAAAUAUUUUUAUAAAAACGAAUUCGUGUCAAUGUAAAUAAAAAUUAGCAUUGGUACAAAUUUUUUGAGUCAUGAUCGAUGACGAAGUUAUUCCAAAUAUGUCGACGUACGAUUAUUUUAUGGUGAACGCCGAAAAUGCUCAGAAUACCUCUAGAGAGAGACAAAUAAAAGGAAUAAUGUUUUCGGAUAUGAGAAUGAUUAGUAGACGCGACUGGCUAACAGUUGGAGUAUUGUGUUUUGUUAAUCUAAUUAACUAUAUGGAUCGUUUUACAGUCGCCGGGGUAUUGACAGAAAUAAAAAAUGAUUUUAAUAUGGAUAAUAGCCAAUCUGGAUUACUUCAAACAGCAUUUGUUUUAAGUUACAUGGUGUUUGCACCAUUGUUUGGAUACUUAGGAGAUCGUUACAAUAGGAAAGUAAUAAUGAGUAGUGGAGUAUUUUUAUGGUGUUUGACAACAUUUGUUGGUUCUUAUAUGAAGUCAUACACUUGGUUUCUCUUAUUCAGAGCUCUUGUUGGAAUAGGAGAAGCCAGUUAUUCCACAAUUGCUCCGACAAUAAUUAGUGACUUAUUUGUAAAAGAUGUGCGUUCUGUAAUGCUUGCAUUAUUUUAUUUUGCGAUACCUGUUGGAAGCGGUUUAGGAUAUAUAAUAGGUGGUGAAACAUUCAGAGCUACUGGCUCAUGGCAAUGGGGUUUACGCAUUACUCCAUUAUUAGGUGCAGUUGCAAUUAUUUUAUUACUUGCAGUAGUAAGAGACCCUAUUAGGGGAGAGAUAGAGGGUGGAGUUCAUUUACCACGUACUUCUUGGUCAAAUGAUGUCAAGACAUUAUUACAAAAUCGAAGUUUUAUGCUUUCUACUGCUGGGUUCACAUGUGUGGCAUUUGUUACUGGUGCAUUAGCAUGGUGGGCUCCAACAUUUUUACAGUUGGGAUUUGCAUUACAUUCUAAUGGUCAUAAUGUUGAUCCAGAUGAUGUAGCGUAUAAAUUUGGAUUAACAGGAAUGGCAGCAGGUUUAAUAGGAGUGCCAUUGGGUUCAUUUUUAGCUCAGAAAUUAAGAGUACAUUGGCAUCAAGCUGAUCCUCUAAUAUGUGCUUUAGGACUUCUACUUAGUGUACCCUUAUUGUUCUUUGCAACUAUAACUGUCAAUACGAAUUCUGUCUUAUGUUACACAUUGAUAUUUUUUGGACAGUUAUCAUUAAAUUUAAAUUGGUCUAUUGUAGCAGAUAUAUUGUUGUAUGUAGUGAUACCAACAAGAAGAUCUACAGCAGAAGCCUUCCAAAUACUCAUUGCACAUACCUUUGGAGAUGCAGGAAGUCCAUAUCUUAUUGGUUUGUUAUCGGAAGGACUGAAAACAGUUCUUCUUUCAGAUUUGAGUGUGGAUGAUCGAAUAAAACAUGUAACGGAUCACGCCGACAAUGCAUUUAUCGAGUUUCGUAGUUUGCAAUAUGCAUUGUUUCUUACGAUGUUCGUGGAAAUUAUUGGCAGUUUAUUUUUCUUCCUCACAGCGUUAUAUAUACAAAAGGACAAAAUAUUAGUCGAACUUAUAAUUGCAGAUGUAGGUACUUCAGAUUCAAUAUACAUAUGUAACGAUGAAGUCGAAAAUGAGACAAGAUGAUGUGCACAAACUAUGUUGGUUGAUACCUUAGAUAUUUUCUUAUGUUAAUGAUGAAUAAAUUAUGUAAUGUAGCAUUGGAAUGCAGCUAUCAUAGCAACGAAUAUUUAUUGAGUAGAAAGAAGUGUUCAUUUGAUUUAGAACGUGGAAUGAUUGUGUUAUAACCCGAUUGACACAAUGAUAAAAUGUUCCAAAUGCAGAACAUAUACUGUAAAGGAAAGUUUUAUGGAUUUCGUUAUUUUAUA